AUGGUGACUGUCAGAGGCCGAGGCGGAGCGGCGCGCCCCCCGCGACGCCGGAGCCCGAGCCCGAACGCAGCGGCAUCCAAGCGGGAACCGGAGCGGGAGCGGAGCCAGAGCGGGAACCUGAGCUGGAGCCGAAGCUGGAGCCGGCAGUGCGGCGCACGGAGCGGAGCGAGGCAGCCAAGCCGAGUAAGGGGCGUGGGGCCGGGGGCGGCGCUGGGGAGGGGCGGGGAGGGGGGUCCCGGCCCCUUCCCCCGCGCUCUGCUGCGGCCCCGGCGCAAGCACACACCCGGGGUCGCUCAGCGCGGUCCGCGGCGGAUCCGCAGCGCGCUCCGAACAGGAACCCCGCUCUCCCGCGGACCCCGGCCCCGACCCCCGCGCCCCCGGGCGGGCCACCGGGACUCGCGCGGGCCGUGGCUGCCCCUGAGCAUGCCAUCGGGCCGCAGGGACAGAGAGGUCUCCCGGUUCUUGCCCGACUUGAGUCCCAAACAAACAUCCACCCCACGGAGGGAGCAUAAGACAGUCUUCACGACCCCGCGCCCUCGGUUUCGCGGACCCCUGAACAACCCACCCAAGAAGGGUAAACUAGGACGCACUUUUCGUCGGGGUAGGAGAGGAAAGGGGCUCUGGGCUUUGUGGAGUUUGAAGCUAGAACCCACCCCCGUCCCUCGAGCCGGGAAGUUUGACCCUCCGGCGGGCGGGCCACCAGGGCCAUGCCCCCGCUUCGAUGCCUACCACGCUGGCCUGUCUCAGCACCAUCGGUGGGAGAGGUGGUGUCCCCGCCGCACCUUCUCCAGCUCCGGGGCCGACUUUCCCUGGCGCGGUAAGCGGGACUCGAGGCUGAGUCCGAGGCGGCUGCUCUGGCUGGCUGCGCAGCGCCAAGCGGUACAGCCGCCUCUCCCUAAUCGCUCUCGGAAGUUGGGUAGUGCCCACCAGACCCACGGCAGACUCGCACGACCCUCCCCCUCUCCCCAUCGGCCCGGCGGUCCUGAGGCUGGCGCGCGGAGGACCCAGGGCUGCCCUCCUGAUCCCACGCGCCGUGCCAGCGGAGAUGGCCAGGCCCAGGCUGGGAAGGGGAGGGCACCAGUGACAGGUGUGAGCGGCGGGGGCUCCAGGAGCUUGGUCCUUGGUCUUGAUUCACACAGUCCAUGGGCACCUGCCCUGCGCAAGCCCCCCCUGACUCUCCUCAAACAUCCUGACUGCUCUACUGGAACAAGUGGCUUCACCUCCCUGUGCCUCAAUUGCCUCUGCUGACAAGCGACUGAGCCACGAGGCACCAGAAAUGAUAACCCUUGGAGAGGAAAUGAAGCCCGUGGCUGACUGAGAGGUUAGAAGUUCAGAGCUGGAAGGGCCCCAGGAAGAGAUCUGCCCAGUCUGUGCAGCUGGGGCUUCAGACCCAGAGCAGAACCAAUGAGGCCCAAGGCCUGGGAGAGGAUGCUGGAAUCCUUGGGGUGGCAUGGAGGGUGUAGGUAACCAGGAGCAUCGUUGGGAAGAAAACAAGUGUCCAGCUUGUGGACACCCGCGUUAGUCCUGCUCACCUGUGCCCCAGCUGUGAGAACGGGGGGAUGUGGGGGGUCUGUCCAUGCUGCCUGGUGGGGACCUAGUGAGACAGGCAGAAUGGGCUGCCUCCUGGGGGCUGUUUCUACACAACCCCCCCCCCCCCCCCCCCUCUUUCUCCUUUGCCCCCCCCCCCCCCCCCCCCCUUCACCCCCCAGGGAGUCACAUCCCAGCAUCUUCCAUAAUCCUCACCUCUUCUUCCCAAAGGAGUUAAUCAGAAACUAACUUAGGAGGUUUGUGUCACCUGGUUCACAGAGUGGAGUUAGGCCGGGCAGCAACGUGAUGGGGAUACGGGCACCUCCUUCAGUCUUGGGGAAUAAUCAGUUAGACACACUCAGAUGCCUGUUACCUGAAGCCUUUGCCCUGGAAGUGCUCACAGCACAGGGUAAGGGACAAGAAGGUGGCAGCCAGCUCUCAGCCUCCUGAAGAGAGAAACUGAAGCCAGGAGGGCUUCUGAGUCCCCCUGGCACAAAGUACAGUUGUGGCUGAGAGCACGGCUUCUUGGAGCUGGACUGCCUGGGUUUAUGGCUUGUGAUUCUGGGCAGGAGAUUGACCUUUCAGAGCCUCAAUUUCCUCUUGAAAAGGGGAACAAAUAGUCUACAUCUCCCACUAUAGUUGUGAGGACUGGAGAAACAAUAUACAGGAAAACACGUGGCAGGGACGCAUGGACCCCUGGCAAUGUCCUUGCUAUGUCUGCAUUGUGAACAUGCACUGAAUGCAUGCUCUUUCCCAAGCAUAAGUAUUUUCUCUCUGGAGUCUGAGGACAGCCCUCUGAUCUAAGUACUAUAAUUGCCCCUAUUUUAUAGAUGAGAACACUGAGGCUUAGAAAGGUUAAGGACUAACUUUGCUAAGUAUAGAAAACUUAAAACAUCACUAUGACUCAUCAUAAUUUUAUGAGUUUGUAAAAUUGAUAAUUAGCACAUUGCAUCUUAGACGAUAUGUAAUUAGUUAAUGGAAUGCUUCCUCAAUGGAGAUCUUCAAUCAUUGUAUCUUUAUGUGUUAAUUGCCCAUGGGCUAUAGAAUUUUUAGAGACAUCCUCAUUUUUUUUCUAUUCAAACAGUAUCAAACUGAUUUAAAAGAGCAGCUCCCGCCGCAUUUAUUCCCUCUCUCUCUUCUCUCCAUUUUUCUCCAUAGCGCUUAUCACCCCCAACAUUUAUAUAUCUUACUCAUUUGUUUAUUGCCUCCCCUCAUCAAUAUAAUGUAAACUCCCCAAAGGCAGGGACUUUUAACCAUUUUGCUCACUCUCAUAUCCCCAGGGACUAGAACAAUAACCAGCACUUCGUAUGCUUUGCAAAUUAUAAAGUGUUUUACAAACAUAAGGUCUAUUAUUGUUAUUAUUAUUGCCAAGUGUCUAGUUUGCCUGAAGAUAAACCUUAAGGUUCAUGGCAGAAACUGUUCUCUCGAAAAUCUGGCAAAUAGGACCUGCUCAAGCGCCAGGGAAAAUGUGAUGAAGGUUAAAAGCAGUGGAGAUUAUUUUCCUAACAUGUUAAUAAAGCUCCUUAUCAGUAAGUUCAAAGACAAGUUAACUUUUUUAAAUUUUGGCAAAAAAUGGAACGUUCAAAGGCAAUUACAUUAGCGUUUAAAACUUCCAAUGAGUUAACUAUCACUGAUUUAUUCAGUUAAUUAUUCUUUAUUUUGUUAGCAUAAAAGGUGUUUUCAAAUCUUCAUUUUAAUGAUUUUUCAGAUUAUAAAAGUAAUACAUGUUCAUUGAAGAAAAUUUGGAAAAUCAUUCUUAAAAAAUAAAAGAACAUAAAGAGCCUCCUCCAUCCCACCACUGCCCAGAGAGUUCGUGACCGUGGGUAUUUUAGUCUAUUUCCUUUUAAUCUUUUUCUAUGUGUGAAUAUUUUCUCUAGUUUUUUUUUUUUUCCCUUACAAAAUAAGGAUCAUAUUGUAGGCAGAGUUCUAGAACCUGCUUACCUGGUGGGGUUCCCCCCCCCGCUUAACAGUAUACUGAAAGUCUUUUCUGUUAUUAAAAUUUCUUUAAAAACAUGA